CCGGGGUCUUGGGCGUUGCGGAAGGAACUCUGCGCCCCCCUGACCUCCGUGUACCCGUGCGGUUAGGGGAAGGUCUCCUCGAGUGUCAGCUCGUCAGGAUCGUGGGUAGACGCACACCCGAGGGGACGUGCAAGCUUGCUCGCGACCGACUGAAACUCGGGAAUCGCGUGAGGCAGUGGCAGAAAUGCUGAGCUUCCUGAGAAGAACGCUUGGCCGCCGGUCUAUGCGUAAACAUGCUGAGAGGGAGCGACUCCGAGAGGCACAGCGUGCUGCCACGCACAUUCCUGCAGCUGGAGAUGCCAAGUCCAUCAUCACGUGCAGGGUGUCCCUUCUGGAUGGUACAGAUGUUAGUGUGGACUUGCCGAAAAAAGCCAAAGGACAGGAGCUGUUCGAUCAAAUUAUGUAUCACCUGGACUUGAUUGAAAGUGACUAUUUUGGUCUGAGAUUCAUGGAUUCGGCCCAAGUAGCUCAUUGGUUGGAUGGUACAAAAAGCAUCAAAAAGCAAGUAAAAAUUGGUUCACCCUAUUGUCUUCAUCUUCGGGUUAAGUUUUAUUCCUCGGAACCAAACAAUCUUCGUGAGGAGCUAACCCGGUAUCUAUUUGUUCUGCAGUUAAAACAAGAUAUUCUCAGUGGGAAAUUAGAGUGUCCCUUUGAUACAGCCGUUCAGUUGGCCGCUUAUAAUCUGCAAGCUGAGCUUGGCGACUAUGAUCUUGCUGAACAUAGUCCUGAACUUGUCUCCGAGUUCAGAUUUGUGCCCAUUCAGACCGAAGAGAUGGAGCUGGCUAUUUUUGAGAAAUGGAAGGAAUACAGAGGUCAGACACCAGCACAAGCUGAAACCAAUUAUCUGAAUAAAGCCAAAUGGCUAGAAAUGUAUGGAGUUGAUAUGCACGUGGUCAAGGCUAGAGAUGGGAAUGACUAUAGCUUGGGACUAACUCCAACAGGAGUCCUUGUUUUUGAAGGAGAAACCAAAAUCGGCUUGUUUUUCUGGCCCAAGAUAACCAGAUUGGAUUUUAAGAAGAAUAAAUUAACUCUGGUGGUUGUGGAAGAUGACGAUCAGGGUAAAGAACAAGAGCACACCUUUGUCUUUAGACUGGAUCAUCCAAAGGCCUGCAAACACUUAUGGAAAUGUGCAGUGGAGCACCAUGCCUUCUUCCGUCUCCGAGGACCUGUCCAAAAGAGUUCUCAUCGAUCGGGAUUCAUUCGACUAGGAUCACGAUUUAGAUAUAGUGGAAAAACUGAAUAUCAGACCACAAAAACUAACAAAGCAAGAAGAUCGACCUCCUUUGAAAGAAGGCCCAGCAAGCGAUACUCCCGGCGGACCCUACAGAUGAAAGCAAGCACAACAAAACCUGAAGAUCUUGGUGUUCAUGAUACUUCAACCCAGAAUAAUGACUCCCAACAGGCUUGGGGUGUGAGGUCUCCUGUGCCUGUGAUCCCUUCCUCAACCUCUGGUCCUGUGCUGGUGGAGAUAGAGAAUCUUCCGCAGAAUUCUGCAGCAAACCAACGCGACAGGAAAUGCUUGCCUCUGAAUGUCGAAUUGCUAAAUAGCCCAGACUUACUAGAAACAACCAUUGGUGAUGUAACAAGGACAUCAAAUACAAGGACAUCCCUAGCACCAGAUGACAUUAAUGUAGCCACCAGGUCAAAUGAAUUAGAGGAGCCCAAAGUGGAAUCUGAGACACUAAAAGAUGACACAGCGAAGCUUAAAGAGCUCGAAAUGGAGCAGAAUAUCUUGCCAUCUCCUCGACCUCCCAUUGACAUUAAUGUCAACAGCCAGGAAGAAGUGGUAAAGUUGACUGAGAAAUGUCUUAAUAAUGCCAUUGAGAGCCCAGGAUUGAAUGCAGUAAGGGUUCCUCCUGACUUCAAGAGCAAUAUUUUGAAGGCUCAAGUAGAAGCAGUGCAUAAGGCUUCAAGAGAAGAUAGUUUAACUCAAAAAAAUGCCAGCACUCAGGAUGCUGCCACAAACAGCACUGUAAAUGAGGAUGUGCCCCCCAGCAGAGACUCUCCCACCCCAACGCACGCCACAGCUGCAGACAGUGGGUCUGCACUCAAGGAUGCGACAGACGAAUUGGAUGCCUUACUUCUUUCUCUAACUGAGAAUUUGAUGGACCACACAGUCACACCUCAGGUGUCUUCGUCAUCCAUGAUCACACCCCGGUGGAUUAUUCCAAGUGCUGCCGUCUCCAACAGGCUCACAGGGUGUGGACCGUCUGUGGCCGGGACCGAAGGGUGUGGUACUAAAGACGGAUUCUCACUCAUCUCCCCCCCAGCACCAUUCCUGGUAGAUGCUGUGACCAGCUCUGCUCCUCUGGCUGAAGACCCAGCCUUGAAGCAGAAGUGCUUGCUGACCACUGAGCUCUGAGGGCUGCUGCUCCUGCUGGAUCUGGAAUGCCCCCACGCUACCCCAUCAGCCCUGGAUCCAGCCCAGUGAGUCCUUUACUUGGAGAAAACCUUCUACCUGGAUUUGACUUCAGCUCCAUGAAGAAAGUAGCUACAUUUUCCGUCCGACUGGAAGUCUACCCCACAUAACUGAAGAUAACCUCCUCUUCCAAUCCCCCAUCAUCGAAAUUCAUUAGUUUCCGGCAAACUCGUGGCUCCACCUAGCGGUCCCAACUGUUUAUAGCAGCCUGUGGCAAGGCUUGCUGUCCAGAGCCCUUUCCCUGCCGUUUCCUGUGAUGUCAGGGUGAGCACACCUGACCCGAAAGCCUGCUGGAGAAACGAGUAGCGUAUUCCCUGCACCGUCCCUGAAGUGGGAACUUAGGAAGAGAUGGAAACACUGUAGGUGGAUCCCAGGCCAGCUCUCACAGUCGCAGGACUCUAGGGACGCUGAGAGAUGGAGGUUUUAUGUCAGCCACACUCUGUGGCCUGAGCAGUUACCGUCUUACUGCUCUUAGGAACUACGGAGAGAUGUCUCCAGCCUUGUGCUCCCCAGACCCCUUUCCUAGAGGAAGGAUCCGCAUCACUCCCGUCUGUAACUUUGCAGCGGGGGAGGGAGCAGGUGUCUGGUCAGAGACCUGAGUCCUCCACCUGCGGCCUGUGCUGUCCAUGCUGAGCCAGUGGGAAUGCAACCCUAAUUGGCUUACAGCUGUGAAGGUCAGCGCAGCAGCGCUCCAAACCAGGACCUAUUUAGACACAGCCUCUGGUUCCUUUCUGCGAAUGCUGAGUGAAAAGAAAAGGGAAACACCGGGCAGACAUGGGGAAUUUUGGCGAGAGGGACCAGGUUCUUGAAGAAUCCACUAGGAAGCUGUGCACAGUGUGGUGAAUGAAGGCAGCCCACAUUAGGGUUUUGUAUCUGCUUUAAAGUUCUCUAGAAUUCCAUACUCUCUGUACCCAAAGAAGUUCUGGUGUUGAAGUGGUACGUGGUCACCGUGGAAAAGUGUAUGGAUAUGGACCUGAGCCAGCACAGAGAAUGGCACUAAAGUAGCUCAGAUGUGUGGGCUGGAAGAUGAGCACCUCAGCUGCCAUGGGAACUGGGGAAGCCACUGGUGUUGCCCUCUCACCAAGCACCAAUGUUAUCUGGUUUCUGCCUGUCAUGUGACGUGUGUAUGGUUGAGCACUAAUUCUUCUCAGCUAAGAGAACAUCCAGCUCUGUGGUUCAGAUGCUGUGAUCUGGACUACCCUGGCUUCCCCACUGCAUAUUAUGUGUUCAGGCAGAUGCUAGUAUCUACCUGGGAAGCUUGGGGAUUCGGCCUUACAGUUUUGAGGGGAGCUGGACAGUUAGAAAGCACUUUUGCGAAAGGAGACAGAACUGCCCUUCUUGCUGGCUGGCUCCCCUUAGCCAGUAGGCGGCUCGUGCAUUUCCCUGGCAGUGUUUUGCCAGUCCUCAGUAUUAAGACAUUCCUCACAGUGUGGGACCUAGAACCCGGGGCUUGCUCCUGGACACUGGCCUGGGUCCUGGGCGGCCUACAUAGUCUGCUGUGCUGCUAACCACACAAUGGCUAAGGCAUGGUGGCUUAGAAGUCCUACGUGUCUCAUCCUGUGUAGGAUCGAGCACUGUCCUUUCAAGACAGAGUAGCUGAAAGUACCCCAUAACAUCUGUGUCUCCAGGUACCUGAAUUCUUGCAGAGUAUUGCUAGGGACUUUGUUAGGGGUCACUUGGAUCUCCAGUGAAAAGAAAUCCUCUGUCCUAGUGUCGAGUCUUAAGUUAGAACUAACGCUUGAGUGAUGCAUUUGCCCUGACAGAUCAGACACAGGUCAGACUUCUCAGAGGGUGUUCUGCCCCUCUGAAAGGGCAGCGGUCUAUCGCGACAGACCCAGGGGCACCUGGAAGUGGUAGGUGGGAGUAUGUGAAACUGUCAAGAAUGGGUAGAGUGAGGCGGAGGUGACAGCUGGGUAGGAAGGGGCAGCUGCCAGUGCUGUACCUUUAUGUCACACUGGAGCUAGUGCCCAGAGCUGCCCUUCUGUGCCCAGGGAGCAGCCAAAGUGCCUGGGGUCAGUAAGAUGUGAAGUUAGAGUUAGCAGUCCUAGACUCCACCUUAGCUCUGGAAAGGAGUCUGUCUGUCCAUGUGAAUAUGUAAAUGAUCUGGAGACCAGCAGCCCUAUCCGGGCGGCACUCCCGGCUGUCUCUCCUGAUCCUCGGGAGGCUGCUGGACAGAAGCAGGAGCAGACUCCUUAGCGUCUUACAUUGCUUUAAGAAAAAUUCUUGUGGAAACGUUCUUUCCGUGUCCUGCUGACGGACGGUGGGCACUUCCUUUUCACAGGCUCAGGCGCCCUGGGUGUGUCUGCGGAUGAGACCUCUGAGCUGUUUCUAGGAUCUACUGCUUGCUCUUCCUCCCAUUUCUGGCUAAAACUUGGACCUCUCUUUUCUUAACUGAGCCCCAGGAAGUCUUGUUGUAGUUUGCAAGAUUGUGUAGUCGCUCAACUGGUGGAAAACUUGGAGUUUUUUGUUUGUUUUAUGCUU